GUUGCCGCUGGUGAGUUUUUCCCAUUAUGGCGGAGGGGCCAGCCGUGCGGAUGGACUGUCUCUCCCACUCUGAUGCUUGUUUUGUGUCUUGAGGGAGGGCGUUAUAUUUUUUAUUUUUCUACACUCACCUGGUUCAUUUUCAACUAGACGACACUCGUGUUCAUCGGCGGAGUCAUGGCCGACCGCGGCGUGGAUCUGUCCGCCCUGCCCAAAGAGGUUAGAGACCAAGUGGCGGAGUUGGAUCUGGAGCUGUCUGAAGGUGACAUCACGCAGAAGGGCUAUGAGAAGAAGAGAGCCAAGCUGCUGGCCUCCUACAUCCCCCAUUUGCCAAAUGUGGAUCUGUCUCUGCCAGAUGUACAGCUUUCCCCCGGCCACAGCGCCGACCCCAGCCCGAGUCCUGAGGCCCCGGGCACCUCCACUUCUUCAGCCUCCAGACACCACCGCACACACCGCAGUGGAGGGGCCAGGGAUGACCGCUACAGAUCAGACAUCCACACCGAGGCUGUGCAGGCAGCACUGGCCAAACACAAAGAAGAGAAGAUGGCACUACCCAUGCCAACAAAGAGACGCUCAGCCUUUGUCCAGUCUCCCAUAGAAACCUGCACACCUCCAGACACAUCUUCUGCAUCAGAGGAUGAGGGCUCACUGCGCAGGAAGGCAGCUCUCAGUGCAAUGCUAGCCCAGAGCCUGCAGAGCCCUGAUUACUGGAUCAACCGUUCCGUCCAAAGCUCCUCCACGUCCUCGUCUGCGUCCUCCACCCUCUCCCAUGGAGAGCCCAAGACCCAGCCACAGCCCCAGCCACAGCUCCAACCUGCUGCUUCCUUGUUGGCCGAUCUACUGGCCCACACACGCAUUGAAAACAGCGUCCCCCCAGAUGUGACAUCCUCCACUCCCCAGGAUAGAGGGUCCAGGGUGGACCUGCCUCCAGCCGUCAGGGGCAUGAGUCGUGGACAGAGCCGCUCCAGCAUGCUGGAUACUGCUGACGGCGUGCCUGUCAACAGCAGAGUGUCCACUAAGAUCCAGCAGCUGUUGAACACACUCAAACGGCCGAAGAGACCACCACUCAGCGAGUUCUUCCUCGAUGACUCUGAGGAAAUUGUAGAAGUGCCCCAGCCUGACCCCAACACCCCGAAGCCAGAGGGACGUCAAAUCAUCCCGGUGAAGGGGGAGCCCCUCGGAGUGGUCAGUAACUGGCCUCCUGCCCUGCAGGCUGCCCUAGCCCGCUGGGGGGCCACGCAGGCCAAGAGCCCGGCCCUCACUGCUCUGGACAUCACCGGCAAGCCCCUCUACACACUCACAUACGGAAAGCUAUGGAGUCGCAGUCUGAAAUUGGCCUAUACACUGCUGAAUAAACUGGGCACUAAGACAGAACCUGUCCUACAACCUGGAGAUCGGGUGGCCCUGGUGUAUCCCAACAGCGACCCUGGCAUGUUCUGGGUGGCUUUCUAUGGCUGCCUGUUAGCCGAGGUCAUCCCUGUGCCCAUUGAGGUACCAUUGUCACGACAGGAUGCAGGCAGCCAACAGAUUGGCUUCCUAUUGGGCAGCUGUGGUGUGAGUCUGGCUCUGACCAGUGAGGUGUGUCUCAAAGGGCUGCCCAAGACACCUAACGGAGAGAUCAUCCAGUUCAAAGGAUGGCCAAGGAUGAAAUGGGUAGUGACAGACACCAAGUACCUGACCAAACCGUCCAAAGACUGGCAGCCUCACAUCCCCACUGCCAACACAGACACCGCCUACAUUGAGUACAAAGCAAGUAAGGAGGGGACGGUGAUGGGAGUUGCUGUGUCCAAGAUCUCCAUGCUGACCCACUGUCAGGCCCUGACGCAGGCCUGCAACUACUGUGAAGGGGAGACCCUGGUCAACGUGUUGGACUGCAAGAAGGAUAUGGGCAUGUGGCAUGGGGUCUUAACGAGUGUCAUGAACAGAAUCCACACCAUCACAGUGCCAUAUGCUGUCAUGAAAGCAUGUCCCAUGUCCUGGGUGCAGAGAGUCCACAUUCACAAAGCACGUGUGGCCUUGGUGAAGUGCCGUGAUCUCCACUGGGCCAUGAUGGCCCACAAGGACCAGAGGGACAGCAGCCUGUCCUCCAUCCGUAUGCUUAUUGUGGCUGAUGGAGCAAACCCAUGGUCUGUGUCGUCGUGUGAUGCCUUCCUGAAUGUGUUUCAGUCUCAUGGUCUGAAGCCUGAGGUGAUCUGUCCAUGCGCCACCUCUCCUGAGGCCCUGACUGUGGCCAUACGCAGGCCUGGUGCACGAGGAGCUCCACUACCAGCCAGAGCCAUCCUGUCCAUGGGCGGACUGAGCCACGGGGUGAUCAGGGUGAACACAGAGGACAAGAACUCUGCUCUCACUGUUCAGGAUGUGGGCCACAUCAUGCCUGGAGCUCUGAUGUGCAUUGUGAAACCGGACGGGCCUCCUCAGCUGUGCAAGACGGAUGAAAUAGGAGAGAUUGUUAUCAACUCUCGGGCUGGAGGCACCAUGUACUACAACCUGCCUGGUGUCACCAAAAACACAUUUGAGGUGAUACCCGUAAACCAAGCCGGAGCACCCAUAGGAGAGAUUCCCUUCAGCCGGACUGGUCUGCUUGGAUUUGUAGGACCGGGCAGUCUGGUGUUUGUUGUGGGGAAGAUCGAGGGGCUGCUGAUGGUGAGCGGGCGGCGUCACAACGCCGACGACCUGGUGGCCACCGCGCUGGCAGUGGAGCCUGUCAAAACCGUUUACAGGGGGAGGAUCGCUGUGUUCUCAGUGACGGUGUUUUAUGAUGAGAGGAUAGUGAUUGUGGCAGAGCAGAGGCCUGAUGCCAGUGAGGAAGACAGCUUCCAGUGGAUGAGUCGAGUACUGCAGGCCAUCGACAGUAUCCACCAGGUCGGCCUGUACUGCCUCGCGCUCGUCCCGGCCAACACCCUCCCAAAGACGCCCCUUGGAGGCAUCCACAUCUGUGAAACCAAGCAGAACUUCCUGGAGGGAAACCUGCACCCCUGUAAUAUCCUCUUGUGUCCGCACACCUGUGUUACCAACAUGCCCAAACCACGACAGAAACAGCCAGUGGAUGUCGGCCCUGCUUCUAUGCUGGUCGGCAACCUGGUAGCAGGGAAGCGGAUCGCCCAGGCUACAGGCAGAGAGCUGGGUGUGGUGGAGGACCAGGAUCUGAUCCGAAAGCACCAGUUUUUGUCUGAAGCCCUUCAAUGGAGAGCUCAAACUGACCCGGACCAUGUCCUCUAUGUGCUGCUCAAUGCCAAGGGGGUGGCAGUGUGCACCGCUACUUGUGCUCAGCUACACAAGAGAGCAGAGAAAAUCACAGCUACCCUGAUGGAGAGAGGAGGACUCAACACAGGAGACAAUGUGGUGCUGCUUUAUCCCCCAGGUAUUGACCUGAUAGCUGCCUUCUAUGGCUGUCUGUAUGCGGGGGUCAUCCCUGUGACGGUGAGGCCGCCCCACCCACAGAACCUGGCUGCUACUCUCCCGACUGUCCGCAUGAUCAUCGAUGUGAGCAAAGCAGCCUGCAUCCUCACCACUCAGCCUCUUAUGAGGAUCCUCAGGUCCAGGGAGGCUGCAGCCAGCGUCAACAUCAAGACGUGGCCCACGAUCAUCGAUACAGAUGAUCUCCCCAGAAAGCGGCCUCCUCAAAUUUAUAAACCUCCUACAGCUGAGAUGCUGGCCUACCUGGACUUCAGCGUGUCCACCACCGGCAUGUUGACUGGAGUCAAGAUGUCUCAUGCUGCAAUCAGCACUCUGUGCCGCUCCAUUAAGCUGCAGUGUGAGCUCUACUCCUCACGCCAAAUAGCCAUCUGCCUGGACCCAUACUGUGGCCUAGGCUUCGUCCUGUGGUGCCUCUCCAGUGUUUACUCAGGUCACCAGUCCAUCCUUAUCCCUCCCCUGGAGCUGGAGAGCUCGCUGCCUGUGUGGCUGAGCACGCUCAGUCAGUACAAGAUCAGAGACACCUUCUGCUCCUACUCCGUCAUGGAGCUCUGCACCAAAGGCUUGGGAACCCAGACGGAGAUGCUGAAGGCCCGGGGUCUGAAUCUGUCGUGCGUGCGGAGCUGUGUGGUGAUAGCAGAGGAGCGUCCUCGCCUCGCUCUCACGCAGUCCUUCUCCAAGCUCUUUAAAGAUCUCGGCCUGUCGGCGCGUGCUGUCAGCACCGCCUUUGGCUCCAGGGUCAACCUGGCCAUCUGCCUGCAGGGCACUGCUGGACCAGACCCGUCCACCGUCUAUGUUGACAUGAAGUCGCUGCGUCACGACAGGGUGAGGCUGGUGGAACGAGGAGCGCCACAGAGUAUUCCACUCAUGGAGUCUGGCACUAUCCUACCAGGAGUGAGGGUCAUCAUAGUUAACCCAGAGACCAGAGGCCCACUCGGAGAUUCACAUCUUGGGGAGAUCUGGGUGUCCAGCCCUCACAGUGCCAGUGGCUACUACACCAUCUAUGGGGAGGAGAGCCUGCAGGCGGAUCACUUCAACACCAGACUGAGCUUUGGGGAGCCCCACACUCUGUGGGCCAGGACGGGCUACCUGGGCUUCAUCAAGAGGACUGAGCUACUGGAUGCAAGCGGAGAUCGUCAUGAUGCCUUGUUCGUGGUGGGCUCUCUUGAUGAAACGUUGGAGUUGAGGGGUCUACGCUAUCACCCCAUCGACAUCGAGACAUCCGUGUCCCGAGCCCACCGCUGCAUUGCAGAAAGUGCUGUGUUUACAUGGACCAACCUGCUGGUGGUGGUGGCGGAGCUGAGCGGCUCGGAGCAGGAGGCCUUGGACCUGGUGCCCCUCGUCACCAACGUGGUCCUGGAGGAACACCACCUCAUCGUCGGGGUGGUGGUCAUCGUGGACCCCGGGGUGAUCCCCAUCAACUCCAGAGGAGAGAAGCAGAGGAUGCACCUGCGGGACUCCUUCCUUGCAGACCAACUGGACCCCAUCUACGUGGCCUACAACAUGUGAUUCACCAACCGAUGAAAAAAUGCAGAAAACUGAGCCAGGCUCCGAGAACAGACGUGAGGGAGAAGGACUUUGGGGGUGCAUUCAGUAGAAAACCCUGAUAUUCACGCUCAGAUACACAUUCAAAUCACCAAACGAUGUGGGAGUGCAAGUACAGUUCGAGUACUGUAACGAGAACGCGCUUCCCUUUCAGAAACUCUUUAUGCUUGGCUUCCACCUGCUCAGUCGCUGCAUCCCAGGUUCACUGAGAUCUACUGAGGGGGGGGCGGAUAUUUUCUGUCCUCUUCAUAGUAAAUCCACUUGUCAAAUGGAAGAAAUGUUAUCGUCAUUCUCUCCACGCAUCCCACUUCUCCCUCAUGGCUCCAAUUUAUGUUUUUAAAGACGUUUUUAGUUUCACCCUCCUUCCAUUCCUUGUUUUUUUUUUUUUUUAUCCUGAACUAUUCAUCCUCGUGUGUUUUAUUAUUUUUUAACCCCAUUGAUUCUUGAAGGCAGGAUGGCGCACUGAAACUGUUGAGAGGAGCUGGAACUUUGAUCCUCUUGCACUUUAAGUCCUUGCACCUCUGAGUCCGCUUCCUGUCUCACCGGCCCUCAAAGGGACACACACACACACGCCCACCCCCCCCCAUGUUUGCUGCUUUCAUGAGAGCAAAUCCACAUCAGUAUUAAACAGUGCCACCAGUGAGGGCAGCCCUAUGGGGGGGGGGGGGGGGUCCUGACAGAUCGCCUUCCUCUACCAGGUGCACCGUGGCUCUCAGCUCCCAUCACAUACUGGAGACGUGCUGUUGGCAUUCACACGUUACAAAAAGUCCUAAAAAAAAAAUACACUUGAAGCAUUUGUUGGUGUGGGAAAAGAAAGACUUGCUUCUUAAACAUCCAAACCUGGAUAUUAUCUUCGAGUCAGUCUGUUAGAUAGUUCUUAUGAUUGUGAAAUACUAAUACAUUUUUUUAAAUGCACAGAUUUUCCGAAGAAGAAGCUUAACCUGGUGUUUAGGUGCGCAUGCUAAUUUUGAAUGCAGUCAAUGACAAUAUGCAGGCCAAAAAAAAAUAAAAAAAUCCUGUAACAAGCCAUGGAGUCCCACAGCAGUGGAUUGGUUAUCAGUCUGAACUCAAAGGUGGAGUUUGAGCAUUUGGACGGGAUAAUUAACCAGUUUCCUGGCUUGAUCUGAAUUGAGCCGCUAUCUUUCAGUCUGUGUGUAGUUUCCCACAUUCAAGCAAAGAGCAUCUUUCAUUUAAUGUAAGCGUCACAGUCGAUUAGAUAGACGUAGAUCAUCAGAAGGCAAGUCAGUGCCUUUAUAUCAUGGACUGUUGAAUUUCAAAUAAAUAAGAUAUAAAGAAUGAGGACAGAACUUUGCCUUACUAAACUUGUGGAAUUCAGUACUUUUUAAUCCCUCAUUUCUAGCUGUACUAUUAGUUUUAUUUAAAGGACUUUUCCACCAUUUUUCACUCGUGGAAUCGUACUCCAGUUUAUAACUCAUAACACGUGUCAUGUUUUAGAGGAAAGGGGGGUGUCUUGUUCUUUUUACGAAAACCUUUGCGGUCCUGACUUUUCUCAUUUCAUCAUUACCAUUGAAACCAAUUCUCUUUGAAUGUCUGUAACACUGAAAAAAAAUAAUUAGGAAUUAACAAUCAGUAAGGAACCCGUGAUUAAAAAAAUGGCAGAAUCCUCCUUUAUAUAUAAAAUACGGAGGUAAUAAAAGAGGGUGAUGAUGUUGUCUGUAUACUGUAUUUUAGAGGUCAAAUAUUACUGGUGUUAAUGUGUACAUGGAUAUGAACUUUGUUGAUAAAAACUUGACUGAUCUUUCAUACUUGACAGCAUUUUCUGCAUUGUUAAUUUAAUGGUAUCACAUUGCAAAAGAGAAAAAAAAAGUUUUCAGAUUAUUUUGGCAGGAACAAUGUGCACUUUCCCAAUAUCAUUUUGUGUGUGUGUGUGUGUGUGUGUGUGUCUGAGGGCGUGUCUGGAGUGUGUGUGUGUGUGUCCAGUUCAACAGUGAUGCUUGGCUUUUCUGGUGCAACAAGGUUUGUCUUUUGUAAGAAAAUGAUCCCAAAAUAUUGAACAAUUUUUUUUUUCUUUCUUCUUUUUUAUGUCGCUACCACUGAAUUUUUAUUAUUUCAAUCCAAGUUUGGAAUCAGAUAUGUUUUAUAGGGGGUUACAUCAAUAUUUUCCUGAUAUUAAUUUCUUUAAAACGGCACAACUUCUGCAAACAGAUUGUUUGAUUUUGAAGCAGCUUGACAUACAGCACAACAUGUCAGUAAACCACUUUUCGUUCAGUGACGGACACUGAUGACAUGUCGGCGAGCCAGUAUUUGGGGCACAUUCGAGCUUCUGAGCUGCUGUGUGAUAAUUGCUUUGUUGCUACUGUUUCACUUCGACAAGUUUUAAUAAAGUUUUAUAAUGUCAUGUUGGCCUUCAAGCCUUUUCAAUAGACGUUGGUGCUAUUCAAUAAGGGAAAGUUGACAGACUUUUUUUUCUCCAAUGUCAUGACAAAGAAGUUUUCUUCCUGGAUGCCCUUUUUGUGUGAAAAUAAGUCGUUCUUUUUCCAUGCCAACAUUUCACUCACUGCACGGUUCUGAAAUUGUUUAUCAUCACCAGUUUUCAUCAGUUUUGAGAUCUGAUGAAAACCCUCUCAACACGCAACUCAACAUGGACAAAGCAACUCGACAUAUCUACCAUUUCCAUUUGAUUAUUUAUUUCAGUUGUCCAGUUGUGAGGACUGGCGUGCAUUUCAAACCUCCAAAGUUCUUCUAAGCACAAAAUGUAAAUGUACAUGUGAGGUAAUGAAAUUAGGAUCUUUCACACAAAAAAAAACUCAAGGGCCCACAAUGUAUACCUCAGCAACUGUCUGUUCACUAUGCAUCCUUGAGCUGCAGCAAAGACAUUCUGAACUAGUCAAUGGUGCGAUAACUUCUAACAACAUGUCUUACUUGACAAAAAACACUGUCACAUUGUCAUUGGAUGUGUUUCAUGUCAAAUAAAAAAAAUCCUUU